AUGAAAACCCCCCAAAGAGGAAAGUUCUCUGAGCGAGGCAUUUUGGGCAUUGGUGGUGAUGAAGAAAUGGUUAAACAUUCAGCCACAGUAAAUAAUGAUUUUAGUGAAGAUGAAGUUGAUACAGCCUCUGAAAGUGAAGAUGAUAGCUAUAUGCAGAGUUACAGACAUCAAACGCUUAGUAGUUUUUCAUCUGGACAUUGAAAUGUUAUGAGUUUCUUUUCAUUCAAGUCCGUAAGAAAUUUUUAUACAGGGAUUUUUCUGGGGUUAAAGAUAUGUCAGUCACAAGUUUUGUUUAGAUUUCUUUUGGAAAAAUAUUAAAAAAGUAUGUUUGUUUGAUUUCAAAAGUCUGAAGCAUACAAAGAAAGGCCUU